UCAAAAACUAAACUUCAGAGGCACCAUGAGAUGGGGGAAGGGCCAGGGAUCACAUGAUACCACGGAAGGGAGGGAAGAAAUACAGGGCUUGAUAUAAACCAGGACAACACAGAGUAGCAACACAGAGGAGAACAUGAGGAGGAUGAGGACGAGCAGAUUCUUAGUGAUGGUUCUACCUGCAGUCAUCUGGUUAUGCCUGUGCCCCACAGCUGAACAGCGUCCUGGUGCAACCCGACAGCGGCGAGGCCUCUUUGACAUGGCCAUGACUCUGUGGUGUUACCGCUCCAAGCUGGGAAUCUCCCUCCUCAAGCUACACAACUAUGGCUGCUAUUGUGGGACAGGCGGUUCGAGUAGGCCUGUCGAUCAGGUGGACCAGUGCUGUUUCCUCCAUGAUUGCUGCUACUACCACACUAGAGUGAUAUUGGGCUGUCACAGCCAGGUCAAGUGGAGCACGUACAACUUCACAUGCAAGAAGGCACAGACAGAGUGCAAGGGCCAGACUGUGUGCACCAGGAUGUCAUGUGAAUGUGACAGGGCCUUUGCAGAGUGUUUGUCCCGGGCAAAACCCAGCGACAUGCAUUACUUCUACAAGACGCGAUUCUGCAAGGAGAACAAAUCCGUCUGCCCAGCCACCUUCCCCAACUCCUCCACCAUCAUGGACUGGAUCAAACAAGGCAGUUAAAUGCAGGCCAUCUCUGUCACAAGGAAGAAAUGGCAAUCUCCCGCCUAAUCUGGCUUUUUUCUGGCCAUGUUGUGCAAUUGGAAAUCCACCUGCCUCAUAUGAACCCAGAGAGGACAGCUGCAUCUGCCACAGGCAGGAGACAACUUUGGCAGGGGAUUGAGUGCACAGUUACACCAUCCAAACUGACAUUCAUGACUUUGAAACAGAAACUGCCAUUCGCUUGAAGGUACUGUUUUAAACUAAGUAUGGGUUACACUCAAAUGUUAUUAUAUCACUGUACCAUUUUCAGCUUCUUCUAAAUAAAAGUUACUUGAAUGUGUUAAGUGUACCAGUAUCGUCCAGCUGGUUCAGGUCAUCAGCUCUGCUUAAUGUCACGGACUCAUACACAGCAGGUCACUUAGUCUGACUGCUCCUCUCAAGCUCUU